AUGGGCUGUAUUAUAAGUCUCCCAGAUCCACUUGUUGCAGAGGUCAGAAUGGAAUUUGUCGCUAACAACAGUUCAGAAUUUGAUGAUCACAAACAUUAUAUCUACAUGGAUCUGCGACAGCUGGAAUGGGAUGAAGCACAAAGCUACUGGAAACAAAAAAUUGCGAUGAGAGAUCGAUUCACUUCAUGGGCACCUGCAGAAGAAGGUGUUGACUUGAAAUACGCAAACGAAGGUACAACUGAUAACAAUCUGACCUGUGCACAAGAAGCACAUGAAAAGUCCAAGGUUAAAAAGACACUCAGAAAGCAUUCAGCAGCUGUUAAAUCUGGGACAAAGAUUGUGCCUCCUGCAACUUCUAAUUUGACAGAAAUUGCUGAGCCAUACAAAGAACAGGACGAACAGGCAAAAAACAAAGAAAGUCAAUCAGAUAGUGCUUAUCAGAAGAAUUGUUUUGAAGCAUGGAAAAGCUGUGCCCCAAAGUCAUUCAGGAACAGAAGAGCAGUGGUAAAAAGUGUUUGUGACCCUCAUGAGAAGCUUCCACUAAAAAAACAAUCAAGAAGAGAGACUGGAAGAUCAGUUCCCACCAAAUCAGGUCAACAUUGCAUUACAAGCACUUGCAAUGUUGAUUCACAGAACUCUUCAUCUUACAAGUUAUACCCCAUUAAUGCUCCACAGGAUCUAUUACAGUACAGAGUAGGCAGAAAGAGGUUUUCUACUGCACAGCCCCACAGCAACGAAAAUCAGGAACAAGGAGAGCUGCAAGAACAGUAUGCAAAUUGCAAUGCUGAACAAACAGAUAAGCUAAUUAAGGCAGCAAUAUGGGAGUCCAUUCAGAUUAAAGGAAAAUGUCUCAUGUCAACACUUGAUCAGGACAGUCUCCAACCUGUUGAGAUGGGGAAGUUGAGUUACUUCUCGCUGCAAUGUGGAGAGAAAGAAAAAAUUCCACCCGAUAUUGGCACAAAGCUAAUGGAUGAAAAUCAAAAGGUUACGUCUGCUGCAUUUGCUGACUGCAUAGAAAAUUCUAGAACCUCUGAAAAACAGAAUGAAGAAGUGAACAAAGAAAGCUUCAACCGGCCAGACAGUGCAUCGUCCUAUCAGGAGAAGUGUAUCGAAGCAUGGAAAUACAUCUUCCCAGAGACAUCAGAACGCAGAGUAAAAAGUACAAAAUCAGAAGUUUUAAAUGAAUAA